AUGAGAAUUCAUCUCGAACGUGAAGCAACUGAUCGACCAUGGGGCUUUCGUCUUCAAGGUGGUAGUGAUUUUUCUAUCCCAUUGUCGAUCCAGCUGGUUAAUCCGGAUACGCCUGCUCAUGCAUAUGGUUUAAACGCUGGUGAUCAAGUUAUAUCAAUUAAUGGUCGAGAUGUAACUCGUAUUAGUCACCAAGAAGCUAAAAUGGAAAUAACUCGUGCAGGAAAUGAUCUUGACUUAACUGUUAUUAAAGGAGUAGUUAAUCAACAAUCCAUAGCAAGUCCACAAUCAAUGUCUCAACUAAAAACAGGUCCUAUACAUCAAAUGCCAACACCACAAGUUGUUAAACCUAAUUUUGCACAAUCAAGCGAACCCCAAACUCAUAUUGGUAGUAGCCAUAAUCGAGCAGCUAUGCCAUUUGAUGCACGAGUUGGAAAUGAAAUGACUUAUCAAGCAGCAAAACCAAGUAAUUGGCAACCUGGAGAUUAUACACAAGAAGAACCUGAACAUUUACGUCCUAAACUUAUGAGUUUUGAAACAUCAACAGCUUUUAAUAAAGAUCCACUCCAACGUGAACCAUGGCGACCAAAAGCUUAUCGCGAUACUCCUCAAGCACCACCACCACCUCGAAACGUUGGUACCGCUGUUUAUCAUGCUCAGUAUAAUUCUCCAAUUGGACUCUAUAGUGAUGAUAAAGUUUUAGAAGCAUUUAAAUCUCAAACAGGCAGUUUAAUUGACGAUAUUAAAGGAGGCAGUCCAAAUAAUAAUCCUCCACAACCACUUAAUAUGUAUAAUCCUCCACAACCACCUAAUAUGUGUAAUCCUGAACAACAAAAUCAACGAUCACCAACAUACCAAGCUGUAAUGAAUACUCCGCCACCAAAUAUUUCUCAAUCAUCGGAAGCAAAACUUUCUCGAUCAUUUCGAAUACUUGAACAAGAUCUUGGAUCAGUGCAAGGAACAGCACAAAUACCUAAAUCUGUUUUUGAACAACGUCGCCAACAACAACAACAGCAACAACAACAACCGACUGGUUUUCGUAGUGUUAGACCACCUGAAGAAGUUCCACCUGAACAACAACGACGACCAUAUCAUACUGAAUAUCAAGUUGAACAUGUUCAAGAAAAAUGGAUGGAACCAAAAUUUAAAUAA